UGUAUCCGAGUCUUUCGACCGGACAAAACGUUUGCAACUCUUCAAGUACCAUUAAACACAACUACAGCAGAAUUCAUGCAUCGAUUAGCUGGAAAAUUCUUUCUUCAGGAUUUGUCAAAGUACAGUCUGGUGCUUAGACAACAUACUCGUGAACGUGCACUUCAGCCUAACGAAAAGCCGCUCAUGAUACAAAAGAGACUUUUGGAACAAAUGGGAUACACGGAACAAGACAAACUGGAAGACGUCGGUCGAGAAGACAACUCAUAUCUCCUUCGCUACACAUUCGGCUCGAAUUUGAUCCACACCAUUGAAGAAGAAGGUCCACCAGAAAGAUAUCGGGAGGUGAACUUUGAAGGGCGCAAUAUAUCUACCAUCCCAAUAUUUCUUUACAAGUACUCGUCACGAAUAUCAUCUCUUGAUCUAUCAAAAAAUCUGCAGAUCGAAAUACCACUGGACUUUGCCGAGUCAUGUCACAAUAUCAAGAAAUUAAUACUCGCCAACAAUGAACAUGGCACAAUUCCAGCAUCCGUUCGAACCAUGCACACCCUUGAACACCUCAAUGUGUCUGGAAACCAAUUGCGCGAUCUGAACCACAUCCGGCUUGAAGAACUCCAGAGACUCACCACCUUCAAAGCAAUCAACAACCAAUUCUCUUCUCUUCCCAAAGCAUUCUCAAUCCUAAACCACCUUACAAUUCUUUUUAUUUCAAACAACUGCCUUAGCGAAUUUCCAGACGUCAUUUGCGAAAUCACCAGUCUGGCCUAUCUUGACAUCAGUUUCAACAAAAUGGCAUCUUUACCAGACAAUAUCGGAGAUCUCGUAAAUCUCGUUGGCCUAUUCGCGAUUGGUAAUCAUUUUGAAGGAAGUCUACCGGCAAGCUUUGCAAAAAUGGAAAAAUUGGUAGAGAUCGAUAUCCGACAGAAUCGGAUCACAGAGCUUGAUAUCCUCUACCUGCUACCCAAACUGGAGGUCCUCCUGGUAGAUUACAAUGCCGUCAGCGUCGUUAGCUCUCAAUUCACAAACCUUAAAAAACUCAGCAUGUUUAAAAACCACCUCACUCAAUUCAACCUCGAAUCGUUUGGAAUAACCACCAUGUUGACCGAAUUGAACCUUUCUUGCUGCAAACUUUCCUCUCUCCCUUCCGAUCUGUUCUUCGGCAUGCCCUGUCUGGAAACCAUAUCUCUUGACAGCAAUACUCUCAAUACUCUUCCGGCCAGUAUCGGAUCUUUGCAGAAACUCAUCAAAUUGUCUGUGCAGAACAAUGUUCUCGACAGUCUUCCGGCCGAGAUUUCUAAGCUCAGUCUGCUCAGGAUAUUAGAUGCCCAAAAGAACAACCUCAAGGUGCUGCCAAAUGAAAUCUGGAUGUGUGCCUCACUCCAGAUCCUCAACUGCUCCUCAAACCUGCUCGAGUCCUUCCCUGAGCCUUAUACCACGCCUAGUAUUGCACUUCGUCUUCCUUCGGCCGAAUCCUACGUAAACCCAACAGCAAAUAACACAGCCAUAGAUACCUACACUGGUCAUGGAAGUUCAACGCCUGUACCACCAGGCGAGUACCCUUCUCACGCAUAUCCUCAUCUCGAUGACGACUCUUCCGUCAGCUCACCCAAUUCCGCCCUCAACGCUCCACCUGAUUUCAAUCCCCCAUCCUUCUUUGCCAGCCCUCGCAACCACCCACCACCACUUUCUCUGUCUCUGAGACAUCUUUUCUUGGGAGACAACAGACUAACCGAUGAUGUCUGGUCCCCACUUUCCCUCUUCCUUGAGCUCAGGACUCUCAACUUGUCCUUUAACUACCUUUAUGACAUUCCACCUGAAGGUCUCUGCCAUCAGCACUUGUACGAAUUAUACCUUUCCGGAAACUAUCUUGCUUCUUUACCUGCAGACGAUAUUGAGAAGCUGACCUUUUUGCGUGUCUUGGCACUCAACGGUAACAAACUUCAGACCCUUCCGGCUGAAAUUGGCAAACUGAGAAAACUGCUUGUCUUGGAUGUUGGUAACAAUGUGCUAAAAUAUAACAUUUCCAACUGGCCAUAUGAUUGGAACUGGAACUGGAACUUGAGCCUAAAAUACCUUAAUUUAUCUGGAAAUAAGCGUCUAGAAAUCAAAAAGAAUGUUCCUGAUCAACACAGUCCAAAGGAGAAGAACAUGUCCGAUUUUAGCGCAUUAAAACGGUUGUGUGUGCUCGGCCUUAUGGACAUCACCAUACUUGGCGUGUCUGUUCCGGACGACUACCAAGAAAGACGUGUGCGCACUUCUCUGUCCGAGGUGAACAACAUGGGAUACGGUAUCGCAGAUUGGCUGGCUCCUAACAACCACAUUUCCACCUGGGAUCUUGUCAUGCCACGGUUCAGAAAAAAUGACGAUGAAUGUCUGUUUGGCCUUUUCGAUGGUCGCAAGACCAUAAGUAAUGGUUGCAAACUUACCCACUUUCUCUAUGACUCUUUCAAAAAGCACUUUAUACAAGAACAGGCAAAGACUCGCAAUGAUGACACCAUCAUUUCGGCUCUCAGACGUACGUUCUUGUCACUGGAAAAGGAACUAGGUUCCUUUACCACAGACACAAGUGUUGGUGCUUCGGCUGUUGUGUGCUACAUCGCACGCACCAAGCUCUACGUGGCCAAUGUUGGUGACUGUCUUGCAAUCAUCUCCCGAAACAACGGACAGGCAUACGAAAUCACCCAAAAGCACAUCCCGCUCAACCCAAGCGAGACCUCUCGAAUUAGCGCUGCCGGAGGAUUUGUGUCCAAGACUGGUCUCUUGAACAACAAGAUUCAUGUUUCCCGAAGCUUUGGAUACUUUGAUAUGAUUCCGGCUGUGAAUGCAAAUCCGUAUGUGUCAACAAUCGAGUUGACAGAGUACGAUGAGUUUGUUAUCAUGGCCUCUCGUGGUCUGUGGGAUCGUAUGUCUUACCAGACAGCAGUCGAUAUCGCACGAACCGAAAAGGAUGACCUGAUGGCGGCUGCCCAGAAAUUAAGAGAUUUUGCUCUUUCGUAUGGAGCGUCCGACGACCUUAUGGUAAUGAUCAUCGGUGUUGGAGACUUGUUUGACAAGCGAGAUAAACGUCUACGAAAUAUGCGAGGAAACGGAUCAGGUCGAGGUGGAUCCGGACAGGAUGGCUCUGGAAUGGAUGAUGGUUCUUCUAUGAUGGUUGGAAAGAAUAAGCGACGUGGAAAGGAAGAGUUCCUUGGAGACUCGACGCUUGCUCGUUUGGAGAAAGAAGUAUUACCUCCAGUAAAUCAAUUGGCCUUGGUGUUUACGGAUAUCAAGAGCUCUACUUUGUUGUGGGAGACCCAACCAGAAGACAUGCGGUCUGCUAUCAAGAUACACGAUGCUGUAAUGCGUCGCACGCUGCGAACCGUGGGUGGCUAUGAAGUCAAGACCGAAGGAGAUGCAUUUAUGGUCUGCUUCCAGAACAUUACCUCUGCUCUUCUGUGGUGUUUUACUGUUCAAAUCCAACUACUUGAGGCUGACUGGCCAACCGGUAUUCUGGAGACUGAAGAGGGAUUAGAGGUUGUAGAAAAAGGAGUCGUACUUUAUCGUGGAUUAUCGGUACGAAUGGGUAUCCAUUGGGGUACUCCUGUGUUUGAGCGUAACCCGAUCACAAAUCGAAUGGACUACUUUGGCCCGGUGGUCAACAAGGCAAGUCGUAUAUGCAAUGCUGCAGAUGGAGGUCAGAUUUGCGUGUCUUCUGAUGUCCUGGCUGCUCUGCGCAACAUUCCUGGUGUAUUCAAUGAAGAUAAGAGAUCAGCCAUACCGACCGAUUCUUCUGCGUCGAUUUCGUCUGUUGGUGGAUUUUCGGUAAACAAGGAUAUACUUCAGCUGAAGCGUCUUGGGUUCCAUGUGAUGGAACUUGGUGAACGGCGUCUCAAGGGUCUUGAGACUCCUGAGAUGCUGAGCUUUGUGUAUCCUAAACAGCUUUCAGGACGUAUGGAAGUGAACAAGAGC